AUGCGUGCCGCCGGUUUUCUUUCUCUUUUACUUGCAGCGAUUCCCGCUGUUACCGCGAAGCGGGGUACCCUCGGUCUUUCCCUGGGUAACAAGAAUCCUGACGGCACCUGCAAGUCCACUAGCGACUAUGAGGCCGACUUUGACGCGCUCAAGAGCCUAACCACCCUCGUCCGCACAUACUCCGCCAAUGAUUGCAACACCGCCGUGAAUAUCGUCCCUGCAGCCAAGAACAAGCAGUUCAAGGUUGUGUUGGGUGUCUGGGCUGAUUAUGACGAAUCCUUCAACAAUGACUUGGAUGUCUUGAAGCAGACUGUUCCCGGAAAUGAAGAUGUUAUCCAUUCCAUCACUGUCGGCUCUGAAACCCUAUACCGCAAAGGCCUUACGGCCCAAGAGCUCCUGGACAAGAUUCGUACGGUCCAGAGUGCGUUCCCCAAGAUGACCGUUGGUACGGUGGACAGCUGGAACCUUUUCUACGAUGGUACUGCCGAUCCCAUCAUCAAGGGAGGUGUCACUUAUAUUAUGGCCAAUGCCUUCGCCUAUUGGCAAGGAUCGGAUAUCAACCAUGCGACCAAGACCUAUUGGAAUGACACAACGUUAGCCCUGGAGCGUAUUGAAAAUGCUGCUGGCGACAACAAGGACAAAAUUAUCUUCGCAAACGGCGAGACUGCUGGCACUCAGAAUGCUGCACGGUAUUGGAAGGAGGCUGUUUGCUCUAUGCUUAAGUGGGGUGUCGAUGUUUUCUACUUUGAGGCUUUCGACGAAUCCUGGAAGCCCACGAGCAUUGGUGACAACGGCGAGGAGAAGGACGAGACCCACUGGGGUCUUUUCACUGCCGACCGUAAGGCCAAGUUCGACUUGUCUUGCCCUAACUAA